UGCUCAUGUGAGGGAUUUGGGAAGUGGCUAUUUGGUAUUGUUCCAGGCUGAGCUUCACUCUUUAGAAGAAGUGUGUCAUUUUCUGUUGCACAAUUUUUGAUGAGGCAUGAUGGAAAAAGCAGAGACUCUUUUCAAAGAACAGCAGCUCAAGGAUCAGUUUGAGAACUUGGAGAAGCAUACACAGUGGGGAAUCGAGUUUGUGGAGAAGUAUUCCAAAUUUGUCAAGGAGCGAUCAGAGAUCGAAACCAACUAUGCAAAGCAAAUUAGGAAUUUGUCAAAGAAGUAUCAACCCAAGAAGAACUCUCGAGAAGAGGAGGAGAGCAAGUACACCUUUUGCCGAUCCUUCCUGACGACACUGAAUGAGUUAAAUGACUAUGCAGGCCAACACGAGGUGAUAGCAGAAAACCUGACAUCUCAAAUCCUCACAGAGCUUUCACGCUACCUGCAGGAACUCAAGGCGGAGAGAAAAUUGCACUUCCAUGAUGGACGAAAGGCUCAGCAACACAUCGAGACUUCAUGGAAACAGCUGGAAUCGUGUAAAAGACGGUUUGAGCGGGACUGCAAAGAGGCAGACAGAGCACAGCAAUACUUUGAGAGGAUGGACGCUGACAUCAACGUAACUAAGGCUGAUGUGGAAAAGGCACGACAACAAGCUCAGAUGAGACAACAGAUGGCUACUGACAGUAAGAACGAUUACUCCUCCUACCUACAGAAGUUCAACCAGGAGCAGAAUGACCAUUACUACACUAUUAUCCCCAGCAUAUUUCAGAAACUUCAAGACAUGGAGGAGACGAGAAUCGAAAGGAUAGCAGUCUGCAUGAAGACCUUCUCAGACGUGGACAGACAAGUGCUGCCCAUCGUGGGGAAAUGUUUGGAUGGCAUGACAAAAGCUGCAGAGUCCAUUGAGCCCAAGGCUGACUCAAAACAGGUGGUGGAGUCCUAUAAGUCUGGGUUUGAGCCUCCAGGUGAUGUUGAGUUUGAGGACUAUGGUCAGGCCAUGAAACGCACGGCCUCAGACACCAGCUUGACCAACUCCAAAGAGAGCAAAGAGAAGCCUUCUGGGAAAAGCAAGGGAAAACUGUGGCCUUUCAUUAAGAACAAGAACAAGCUUAUGUCCCUGUUAACGUCCCCCCCCCAGCCCCCACCUGCCCCCCCAGCUUCAUCCCUGCCCUCACCCUCUGCUGUUCCCAACGACCCCCAGUCUCCCAAUCAGCACAAGGAGCCCCUCUCCCACCGCCUCAACGACUUCAUGGCCUCCAAACCCAAAAUGCAAUGCCUCCGGAGCCUGAGGCGAGGGCUUUCUCUCAAACUGAUCACACUCAAUUCCCACAUCUGGAAUCUCAUUGAGGGUUCUGGACCAGAGGACUUCAGCCACCUUCCACCCGAGCAGAGGAGGAAGAAGCUCCAGGGCAAGAUAGACGAGUUGAAUAAAGAUAUACAGAAGGAAAUGGACCAGAGGGACGCUCUAACUAAGAUGAAAGACGUGUACGUGAAGAACCCUCAGAUGGGAGACCCCGCCAGCGUUGAUCCCCGGCUAUCAGAAAUAGGCCAGACCAUCGAAAAACUCCAGUUUGAAGUGCAGAAAUUUGAGGGAUGGUUAGCGGAGGUGGAGGAGAGGAUGCCGUCCAAGAGCGAUUCACACAGAAGAAGUGGUCUCUUUGAGACCCAGAACAACACAGCAGUGAGCAACAACUGUGCACAGGACAGAGAGAGGCCUUUGAGCAGCCCAGACGGCAGCUACACUGAAGAGCAGAACUCAGAGACUCAGGUCAAAGUCAACACCCACCCAGUGCCCACCUCCAGCACGCCCGAAUUUGAUGAUGAGUUCGAUGACGAGGAAACGCUGCCGACCAUCGGCACAUGUAAAGCCUUGUACCCGUUUGAAGGUCACAAUGAGGGCACCAUCUCGGUGACUGAGGGCGAGCUGUUGUUCGUCAUAGAAGAAGACAAAGGGGACGGUUGGACACGAGUGCGCAGGAACGAGGACGAGGAGGGAUACGUCCCUACAUCCUACGUGGAGGUCUUUUUGGAAACUAAUGCCAAAGAUUCCUAAAAGUGUGAGGCUGGCUGAGGAAUGGCAGGGCAAGCAGCACCAGAGCAACCACCACGUUCCUCAGUGUCAGAGAAAAGUCAAAAACCACCGAGUGUAAAAGAGAGAAAUGGCUAAAAAUAACAAAACAACACAUCUCAUUUUGUUCAAACCUUUACAAUACCUUUUUUAAAAAAAACAAAAAAAAUCUUUAUCUGCAGUGUUGCGCUUUUUUUGCCGAACCUUUGCAGCAUACGGCUGAGAGAUAGGACUUCAUCGAAAUUAGAGCGCUCACAUUUUUAACAUUUUUGUCUUCAUGUUGAGCAAACGCUUUGCUUCUUAAUGUGACUAACUCCGCCUGCACCGCGCGCACUCUGUUGCCCUUCGCAAUGUGAACGCUUCCCCUGGCCUUUGACCCGCUGCACGCACACACACAGACACGCCGCGGGGGUGUGGUCAGAGAGAGGCACGGAGACCAGCAUCAGCCUCCUUCACCCAGUAGUGUCUGUGUGUGCGUGGGACUUCAUUCAUUUCACUCACUCAUGGCCUUCGGUGAGAAAUCAUUCUGGAUUCAUUGAUCUCAACAGGAGGCAGUGAAAAUCUCAUGUUCACCCUCCUGUCAGCUCCGUGUUUGCAGGCGUCACUCAGACAGAGAUGAAGAAAAGAAGGUGCUAAUCAUCCAUCUCUGUGUUAUGUUCUCUUUUUUUUUAUUCUGUGUGUGUAAGGGUGUGUGAAUGUUCAUUUUUAUACUCUUUAUUUAACAGUUUGUCUCUCGUCACAUCCCAGUGUCUCCACACCACCAUUUCUCCCACAUUCCCAGGACCUGCAGGGGUGAGAGAAGAACGAUGGGAUCCAUCAGUCUCACCCUCACCCAUCACUGUCUGUCCUGUCCUUGGUGCCUGUCUGUCCUCUCUGACCACACCCCGACUCCCUCAUCACCCCCCUCUGUUCUAAAACGACUCAGGCUGUCCCCUCUGGCUGCUUUAAGCCCUCUUCCCAACUCCUCACCCCUUUUGUCUCCUUCCCUACCUUUGUAUUGCAACAGCUCAGGGGCGGGUGCCUCUCUGCGUGGUUGUGGCGUGCUGCAUGCUUGCCCUGUCUUCCUCCUCAACCCCCUCUGCUGGCAGACUGGGAAAGGUGGUGGGGUCAGCUUCUGCCCUCCUCUGCCCCCUGCCUCCAGCCUUUCUGUUCAGUUAACCUUCAUUGCUUGGUUUCUCUGUCCAGAUUAACCUGAAUGCUACUGUUUGGGUUCAGUGCCUGUGGUGUUUUAUUGUUUUCUUUUCUGUCGUGGGAUCAGAAAAGUGUGUUUUAGUAGUGAGUGAGUGAUCAUCUGGUUGAUCUGUCAGUACAGAACGACAGGGCUUUGAAAUAUUAUUUUACAGAUGGUAUGCGUCGGUAAAUCAUGGGAGUUAGUUUCACUGUAGGUCGACAGUGUGUAAAAAUGUUAGUACUGUAAGUAAGUAUGGAUCAGAUUGUUUACCGCAAGUUGUUCGCAGCAGUCCGACAAAUAGAAUCCAUCAUGUCAUGAGGUUCCACCUGUGCUUGGACUAAGGCCCUUUUACUGUUUACUGUAUAUUAAUAAAUAUACUGUGAGCCAUUAUUUUCUGUGAAUUUCUGACUGAGGUCUGACAGAAUCACCGGGUUCCUCUUGUUCUCACCGGCACAGACAAUAAUGAUGACAUGAGCUGUGAUGAUUCUGAGAACCUUCUGGAGAAAACGUAAGAGUUUUUAUUCCCAUGAUCCUCCUCUGCUCUGCUCAAAGGCACAUAACGUAUUUUUAUUUUAAUAUUUUAGUGUUUUCUUUUUCUUCUUUUGUUGAUUUUAGGUCAAGUUUGCUUUUACUUUAGGCUGGACUUUUAGAAAAAUACUUUACUGCGAUUGGGUCAUAUUUGGUUUUUUAGUCCCUGCUGAUUUGUUCAAUGUGACGCCUGAGUGAUGGCCGAUGUGACAGUUUGGAAGAAACGAUCAAACCCUUGCUGAAAUAAGCAAGUCGCUUUUUGCCGCUCAUCUAAAAAUGUCAGGGCUCAAGCAGAGACCCUCUGUUUGUAUUUUUUUUCUCGGUGAUAAACGUCACCGUGAGUCACCACUUCAGCGGCAGCAGUAGUUUUAUAUUAGCCACAUGCCUGACAGUGCUCUGCAGUGAAACUACCACAAACCUGAGAGUGGACCCUCAAUAACCUGCCUGUACAGCGGAAGUGAAUUAGAGAGAGUAUAUAUAUGAAUAAAGAUAAAAAGGAAAACAUCUAUUUUAAAUAUUCAGAUUCUUACGCUGACUUUAUCUGCUUGGCAAAGUAAGUUGUCUUUACCUUUAUCUACCAAAUGGUGUGUUAUUGCACUUUUUUUUGUUUGUGUUCCAUCUGGUAGGCCAUACUUGCGUUUUGGAGCACUGAAUACUUUGUAUUGUGUUUACUGUGCCAAUUAAAUAUGCCUGGAAAAUAAAACA